GUAUAAAAGACAGCAGGAGAGCAUUGGUAUCAUCAGUUGGAGAUACUCUAAUCUCAGGUUCUUGUGUUUGGACUUUCAGGUAUAAGUGAAAACAUGGUUCUAUUUCAAAUCUCUGCUCUGCUGUUGUUUUUGGCCUUCUCAAAAAAUUCAGAGACGCUUGCAGGGAGGAUCAUUGGGGGUCAUGAGGUGGUGCCAUACUCCAUCAAAUACCAAGCAUCUCUGCAGACUGAGACGGGGCAGCACUACUGUGGAGGAACCCUUGUCCACGCACAGUGGGUGGUGUCUGCUGCCCACUGCUGGAGACCGAGCAGUAAAAUGAAGGUGGUGUUAGGUGAACACAACAUGAAUGAAGUAGAAGAAUAUGAACAGAUCUUCAAUGUCUCAAAAAUAUAUGUCCACAACUAUAAGUACAGGACAUAUGACAACGACAUCAUGCUUAUUAAGCUGAGUAGGCCGGCAGAACUGAAUGCAAAAGUGGAGCCAGCCCAGCUACCUGAUCAGAACGACUGUCCAACCAGUGGCACGUGCACAGUGAGCGGCUGGGGUGUGACUCAGGUUUACUCGUACUAUCUCUCCCCUGUGCUACGUGCUGUGGAUGUGCAAAUAAUCCCACGCUGCAACUGGUACUACUGGGGCAGAAUCACAAAUAAUAUGCUGUGUGCUGGAUUUCGGUGGGGUGGAAAAGAUUCUUGUCAGGGUGACUCCGGUGGUCCCCUCAUCUGCAAUGGCUACUUCGAGGGCAUUGUCUCCUGGGGGAUCAGCUGUGCAAAUCCAUACUUCCCUGGUGUCUACACCAAAGUGUGUAAAUACGUAGACUGGAUCACAGACAUUAUUAACAACACAGCAUAAACAGGCACUUAUUUACUUUAGAAACAAAGUGAUCAUUCAACAUUAUUUUCAGUGGCCUUGUUUAAAAAUUACUACUACCUUUGUGUUUUUAUAGCACUGAAUGUAAAUUUACAUAUUUACUACAACUGCAACUUAUAAUAUUAAGAUUUAGUAAUUUUCAAAUACACGGUUUCCUGGAAAAAUGAUACUAUGCUUGUAAUUCGUUGAUUUUUUUACUGUUGUUAUUGUUAUUAUUAUUAAUAUUAGUAGUAGUAGUAAUAGCAGUAGUAGUCGCAAACUUAAAGCUGUGUUAAUUAAUUUGUAGAACUGGGCAAAGACAAAGUCAGUAAUAGUACUGAAUAAUACCCAGCCCUAUUUAUCAAUAUUUUUUCUUUAUUUUCACAUUGAAUGAAAUGACUGUAUGUAAUGUGUUUAUGAGUGACACCUGUCACAUUACAUCCAAUGUAAAUUUAAAAAUAUUGAUAAAUGAAGCUUUAAGGACAUCACAACAGCGUACUGUUUGAUGAAUUUAUAAUGUGACUAUGUAAAGUGUCUUUGAGCAUUUUGAAAAGUGCUAUAAAAAUAAAAUAUAUUAUGAUUAUUAUUAUGAGUUGA